AUGGAGAGAGCCUCGAAGAGAGCCGGGUCCUGCUGCAGGGGAGAGGGGGCCUUGCGUCCAGAGCUCGAUGCGCUGAUUGGUUGGUCAGCCGCGGCAAGGGAAGAACCCGGAUGUGCCUGGGUAGCUGUGUUGGCAAUUGGGGCUCUGAGGUUUGGGCGUUCUAGGCGUGCUGGCAAGUCGAGGCGGAUGGCGCAGGGUUGGGCCGGCUUCUCUGAGGAGGAGCUGAGGCGACUAAAGCAGACUAAAGAUCCAUUUGAACCACAGCGGCGUCUUGUCCCUGUGAAGAAAAGUCGACAACAACUUCAGCGAGAAAAAGCCCUUCAAGAGCAAAGCCAAAAACUUGGACUUCAAGAUGGAUCAACCUCAUUACCUCCAGAGCAGCUGCUUUCUGCACCAAAACAAAGAUUUAAUACUCAAAGACCAUGUUCUUCUCCCCCCACUCCCCCUACACUCACCUCUCCUAUUGGUGAUGGAAAACCACAGGGUAUUGAAAGUCAACCAAGGGAACUAGGACUUAAGAAUUCCCAUGAAGGUCACAAAAAUGCUGAGGUUCUACCUCCAAAACCAGAUUGCAAAUUGGAAAAAAAGAAAGUGGAAUUGCAAGGAAAAUCUCGUUGGGAAGUCCUCCAACAAGAACAACGGCUAAUGGAAGAGAAAAAUAAACGUAAGAAAGCUCUUUUGGCUAAAGCUAUUGCAGAAAGAUCUAAAAGAACUCAGGCAGAAACCAUGAAACUAAAGAGGAUCCAGAAGGAGUUACAGGCUUUAGAUGACAUGGUGUCAGCUGACAUUGGAAUCCUCAGGAACCGGAUUGAUCAGGCCAGCCUUGACUAUUCAUAUGCUUGGAAGCGGUUUGACAGGGCUGAAGCAGAGUAUGUCACAGCAAAGCUAGAUCUACAGCGCAAGACUGAGCUUAAAGAGCAGCUCACUGAGCACCUUUGCACGAUCAUACAGCAAAACGAGCUCCGCAAGGCCAAGAAGUUGGAGGAGUUGAUGCAGCAACUAGAUGUGCACGCUGAUGAGAAGACUUUGGAGCUCGAGGUGGAGGUGGAGAGACUGCUGUGUGAACAAGAAGCAGAAGUAGGGAAACAAGUGGUUCAUUUAGAGAGGCCAUUUCAGCCUUCUGGGGAGAGUAUGACCUUAGGGUGUGCUAAAGAGAACAAAAAGCAUCAAGACCAGGCUGCUUCCCCAAAGGUAGAUGAACAGUGUGAAAGCUCCAGUAGCAUUGCCCUUCUUGAUCCAGACCAGCCAAAGCAAGAAGUGGAAACUACUGUAAAAGACAUUUCAGCUGCUCUGACCACAUGAGGUGCCAGUGUUUGUUCUUUACAACUAACAUUCAGUAAACUGAACUUUCUGUUGUAGAUCAUGCCAUGACCUCUGAUAAAUGCCUCUUCAAAGCAGUAUUAAUUUUUAAGUCCAUUAGUUUUAGUAUAACGUUUGAACAUUCUAGAAAAUCUCAGAUUAUGAUAAUUUUUUAUAUGGAGGCAUAGUUCACCUUGAUUUUGAUCCAGUUCCUUCAUUGUACGCUUACUACUGGGUGAAAACAAGUGAUUUAAAAGGAUGGAAGAAAAACUACAUGGUUAAUAGUGUUUUUAGACCCGGUGAAUACUGAGAAGUAAAGUGAAAAAUGAACUCAAUACCUAAUUGAACUCAUUUAACUUCUCCAGGGAGAAAUGUUGAGAAUGAGAGCACUAUUUUAUGGAAUCAGUAAAGAGACAUAAAAGCUAACAUGUGAAAAAGAAAGAAUGAGGAACAACCAACAAAAGUAGUAGGUUGAAUUAUCUAUUUGGCUCUCACUAGAGUUGUAAAACACAACUUGGAAGUUGUAGUUUAUGAAAAGAACCAGAAAACUUAAACCAGCAUCACUUUUGUUUUCAAUUUGCCUUUUAAAUGGCUUUAGUUUACAACCUGAGUUUUGGUUAGUUGAUACACAUGAGUGCACACACACACACACACACAGAGAUAAACACAUACCGUCGUAUAUAAAUAAUUUCACUAUUAAUAUAUUGUCUCUUCUUUAAUCGGCACAUUGAUUAAAUUUACCCUUCUGCAGGCUGAAAAUAAUAUAAAAAAACUUAUUGCUAC